GUUGACAAUUUCAAAUAACAAUCCAUACCCUCCUUACAUACAUACAUACAUAUAUACGUAUCAUCAUCAUCUUCAUCUUGAUUCAAUUCAAUCAUGUCGUCUGCAAUAAUACCUUCAUACAAUUCGAAUCACACCAAGCUCAAAGACUAUACUGAAAAUGAUGAAGAACCCACCACCCGAAGAAUCCGCCUCCUGUCUCUCCACCUAAAUCCGUUGCCGGACCACCACCAUCACCACCAUCUUCUUCAGUUGGAAUCGUGUUCCGGCCGUGCCAAGAUGAGCGUAAACGCCGAGAAACUGUCAGGUUACUUGAGGAGAAAACAUAGGGACAUACAAGAGAGGGUUUUCGAGUAUUUCAAUUCGAGACCUGAUCUUCAAACCCCGAUUGAGAUCUUGAAGGACGAUUAUCGAGAGCUUUGUAUGAGGCAACUUGUGGGUCUUGUUAGAGAGGCUGGGAUCAGACCUUUUAGGUAUGUUGUUGAAGACCCUUCAAAGUAUUUUGCAAUAAUUGAAGCUGUUGGUAGUGUUGAUAUGUCUCUUGGCAUCAAAUUGGGCGUCCAGUACAGUCUAUGGGGAGGCUCUGUGCUCAACUUGGGUACUAAGAAACAUAGGGAUAAGUACUUCGAAGGUAUCGACAAUCUCGAGUAUCUCGGUUGUUUUGCAAUGACUGAGCUUCACCAUGGCUCAAACGUUCAAGGCAUCCAAACCGUUGCUACCUUCGAUCCCGUAACUGAUGAAUUUGUUAUCACAACACCCAAUGAUGGAGCCAUUAAAUGGUGGAUCGGCAAUGCCGCGGUUCAUGGCAAGUUUGCAACGGUUUUCGCCAAGCUCAUGUUACCAACUCACGACACAAAGGUCGUUACUGAUAUGGGAGUCCAUGCUUUCAUUGUUCCAAUACGGGAUCUGGAGACUCAUAAAACGCUUCCGGGGGUCGAAAUAAAUGAUUGUGGCCAUAAAGUAGGUCUAAAUGGAGUAGAUAAUGGUGCUUUGAGAUUUCGUGAUGUGAGAAUUCCCCGAGAUAAUCUUUUGAAUCGAUUUGGAGACGUGUCGAGAGAUGGUACAUACACAAGUAGCCUUCCGACUGUUAAUAAACGAUUUGCCGCCACACUAGGUGAACUUGUGGGCGGACGGGUCGGGCUCGCUUAUUCCUCGGUCGGUGUGCUGAAAAUUGCCUCCACCAUUGCUAUCAGAUACUCGCUACUUAGGCAACAAUUUGGUCCUCCAAAGAAGCCGGAAAUUAGCAUUCUUGAUUACCAAUCGCAACAACACAAACUAAUGCCGAUGUUGGCCUCAACUUAUGCGUUUCAUUUUGCCACGGUGAAUUUGAUCGAAAAGUAUGCUCAGAUGAAGAAGACCCAAGAUGAACAAUUGGUGGCGGAUGUCCAUGCCCUCUCGGCUGGACUCAAAUCUUACGUGACUUCUUAUACGGCCAAGUCCUUGAGCAUCUGCAGGGAAGCUUGUGGCGGUCAUGGCUAUGCGGCAGUCAAUAGAUUUGGCAGCUUGCGGAAUGAUCAUGACAUUUUUCAGACGUUUGAAGGGGACAAUACCGUGCUCUUACAGCAGGUGGCAGGUGAUCUCUUGAAGCAGUACCAGGAAAAGUUCCGUGGCGGGACUUUUGCUGUUACGUGGAACUACUUGAGAGAGUCGAUGAAUACGUAUCUUUCUCAGCCGAACCCGGUGACUGCUCGGUGGGAAGGCGAAGACCAUCUACGAGAUCCUAAAUUCCAGUUGGAUGCUUUCAGGUAUCGAACAUCUCGGUUGCUUCAAAGUGCUGCUGUGCGACUACGGAAGCAUACAAAGACCCUCGGCAGCUUUGGUGCGUGGAAUAGAUGUUUAAAUCAUCUGUUGACGCUUGCAGAGUCCCACGUCGAAACCGUCAUCCUUGAGAAUUUCAUUGAAGCGAUUAAGAGCUGUCCGGAUGCAAGUUCUCGAGCUGCUUUGAAGCUUGUUUGUGAUCUUUACGCCUUGAACCGCAUAUGGAAUGAUAUAGGAACUUAUCGCAAUGUGGAUUACGUUGCCCCUAACAAAGCAAAGGCAAUCCACAAGCUGGCAGAGUAUUUGAGUUUUCAGGUGAAGAACAUCGCUCGAGAACUUGUCGAUGCGUUUGAUUUACCUGAUUACGUCACGAGGGCCCCAAUCGGCAAGCAGUCGCUCGGUGAAGCGUAUACAGAAUACACGCAAUACGUCGGUUUCUAGCUUACCAGAAAUCAUAUUAGCAAUCAGAAAACAUAACGUUGAAGUAUGAAAAAGAACAACUCCUCAAGAACAAGUGUAGUGUGAAAAUGUUGUAAAAGUUGGUUUCAUACAUGAAAUGAUGCUAAAUCUCCAAAAUAUCUUCAAAUGGCAAAUUCCUCCUACUUUACAUGUC